AUGUCUCAUGGAUAUGAGCUCAAACAAUAUGCGCAUCAAUCCCGAGCGCAACGCAUGGCAUGGCGUAUGGGUAAUCGCGAACCUAAAUGCACAGCUGCUUCUCAGCUGCCCUUGAACAUGACGCGUGCCCUCUCCUCGACCAAGUCGACCUGGCCCGUCGCGUUCUCGAGUUGCUACCGUCGCCCUAAAGUACUACAUCUAUCCACGUCUCGCAUCCGUCGCGGACAACUUGAACGCACCGAUCGAAAAUCUUGCCAUUGUGGCCACGUCUUGGUCGUGUACAAGAUCAGUCCUGCUACCUGUCCGAACGGAAACCGCAAGCUAGCUAGUUCGAUCACGGCGGGUACGACGAACGAUCCGGUGAACCACACCGAGGGCAUCUCUGGCAACUUGACAGACGAGGAGCCUGGGAACGAGGAGAAGGACUCUGACUCAAAAUCCGAGCGCGAUGAUUCCUUUCAGGCAACCCAUAUACUUAAGCUAGCGGUCAGCUGCACGCGCAUUUGCCCCGCUUGGUAUCAUGCUGCACGGCGAGUUCUGCCAGAGCGGGGGAUCACCUGUCGAACCCGAGAGGCCCUGCAAGACCAUGCGCAUACACUGAUACCCCAUCGGAAUGCGCCAUAUCGCAAAUAUUUCGAGACAUUGUCGAUAUACGACAAUGACAGCAAGCCGUUCGCGCACGUUUGGCCUAUGCUCAUGCCUGGAUCGAUGCUACCGGGACUGCGCUGCGUAACUCUCGAGGGCCUUGACUGGUCAACCAAGCCACCACACGAUAGCUUCUUCAUCUACCUGUCUUCUUACACCAGUGUCUCGGGUCUAGAGAUGUCCGACUGCAGGUUUCGCAGUCUGCCGGAGCUUCGCAGGGUGAUCAAUGCCCUUCCCAACCUUACGUCGCUGCAUCUCAACAACGUAACACUGCAUCACUUCCUCAGACCGGGAUCGGUCGCCGACUACAUCGCUCUCCGAGCCCGUUCACACGAGCUCGAGUCUAUCAGUCUCCUGGGCGAUUCCACACCAGAGCGUUCUGACGUGUCCUCGGACUACCAAGGAACAACGGCCCUCGGUUCUCAAGCUCUGCUGCAUAUGGUAGCAGCGAACUUCUCAUCCACUGUCACCAGCCUUGUUCUUGACUUGCGAAUCUGUACUUCGCUCUCAGCUCUUCGGCAAUGCCUAGUGCACUUUUGUCGCCUGACCUCAUUCCAAGCAUUGUACCAAUUUUCCUCGAGCCCUAUGAUCACACUCGAGGAGACGGUUCCGGCGCGUACGGAGACGUAUAUACACCCAUGGUCAACGCUUACCCUUAUGGCCGUCCCCGAUCAAUCCGCACUGCAGCUUCUGCAGCUGCUCAUUACCCCUGAAUCAUGCAGCAAACUGGAGGGAUUUGAAAUGGGUUUUACAGGCCGGCCAUCUGCCACACUUCUGUCACGUACUAGCCGUGUGCUCCAUGCAUCCGGACAUCAGCUCAGAAAUUUCUCAUGGCGAUGUUCAGUGGACCCAGAUCUCGACGUCACUCCGUCACUCGCAGGGAAUAUGUCUCUGCAAUACUUAACAAUAGAACUUUUGGACAUUGCCCCAUCGCCACAGAAGAUACACAGUGCUCUCAUCGCCGUGCUAUCAGACAUCGUCAGCGUGGACCUGCAGCAAGUGUCGAUUUGGUUCACUCUAGCUCACCUCGAGGUGCUUCCCCAGAAUCAUGGACGGACGCCCACAGUACUACAUCCUGCCGAGUCGUAUUUGACAUCAGAAAAUUGCAGGACAAUCCCACCACGGUAGCCACUAUCAAAGCUCACAUGGUCACUCUGUUUACGCCGUGGUUGGAUCGCGGAAUAGUGGAGUUGAAGUUCUAUUCGGGGCACAGUUUGGAGAGUAUUCCGUGUGUUCCCACGUAGGACACACCGAGUGACUCCAAAGUCAAGGAUGUCGAAGAAAACAAUCCCAUAGGAACGAAGCAGUAGAACGAAGCUCAGGAGGGUGCGGAGGGAGACGCGGACGGACGUCGUUGAUGAUUGCGCAGGACAGCUGCACGAUGUUGUACGAUCCACGGU